GGCUGUUGAUUUGGGCCUUCUCGGCCCCCGUUGCUACCGGUGUGUUAGUGUUGGUUCCUGUAAAGCAAGGGGAACGGCAACAGCAGCGUGGCCAGGGGCGGAAGGGGGUUACAAUGAGCGACAUACGCCAUUCUCUGCUUCGGAGGGAUGCGCUCAGCGCUGCCAAGGAGGUGCUCUACCACCUGGACAUCUAUUUCAGCAGCCAGCUCCAGAGCGCCCCCGUGCCCAUGGUGGAAAAGGGGCCCAUCGAGUUACUUGAGGAGGUUCAUCUUCCAAAUUCCAAGGAUCGCGGCUCCCAUAACAAGCGAUUUACUGCCAUGCAAGAGCUGCAGCUUCUGGAGAUUCUCUGCAACUACUUUCAAGACCAAACCAAGGAGGCAGUCCGCCAGGUCAUCUUCUCCUCGCUGUUCAGCCCGCAGGGCAAUAAGGCAGAUGAGCAGCGAAUGGCGCUCCUGGGCAAGCUGACGUCCAUGGCAGUGGCGGUGUGCAGGCUGCCAGUGCUGGAAUGUGCUGCAUCAUGGCUCCAGCGCACUCCAGCCGUGUACUGUGUACGUUUGGCCAAGGCCCUGGUGGGCGACUACUGUGGCUUGGUGCCGAGCUCCAUCCAAACCCUGAAGCAGAUCUUUAACGUCAGCCCACGCUUUUGCUGCCAGUUCAUCAGUGCAGUUGCUGCCCUCUAUGAUAUGUCCACAGAGGAGCUCAUCCCGCCUCAUGAUCUCCUGGAAAUGAUUGUAUCCUGGAUUUUUGAGGACCCUCGUCUAAUUCUGAUUACCUUCCUCAACACCCCUAUUACGGCCAACCUGCCUAUUGGUUUCCUUGGCUUCUCCCCAUUGAUGGGUUUGGUGCGGUGGUGUGUGAUAGCCCCUCUGGCCUAUAGACGGAAGCAAAAGGCGGCUGGUGGCGGUCCUAUUGUGGAAGACCAGAACCUUUACUCAAAGUUACAUUUGAGUGUCCUGCAAGGCCUCAUGGUCCUUCAGACCCACCUGACCGAGAAGAGCUUGUAUGGGCGCUUGGCACUUAUCCUGUUCGAGCAGCUUGUGCCUCUGGUGGAAGAGCUGGGGCAACUCUGCGAGGAACUUAACCCACUGAAUGCUGAACAAGAGAUGGAACUGGCACUGGAUCGGCUGGCUCAAGCUCUACAAGUCUCCAUGGCGACGGGGGCAUUACUUUGCACCCGGGAUGACCUGAGAACCCUCUGCGCAAGACUUCCCCAUAACAAUUUGAUGCAAUUGGUGGUAUCCGGUCCAGUGCAGCCGCAGCCUGCUCAUCCGACUCAGACUCUGACUCCAACUCUUACUCCGACUCUGACCCCCGCAUACUACCCUCACAUUCACACACCACCUUUGGGUUACCCCACACUCCCUGCCCAUGCAGCAUUGCCCACUCAUGCUGCUCUUCCUGCACACACAGUCCUCCCCGCUCACUCUACUCUACCUGGUCAUGCAGCAUUGCCCGCUCAUACAGCACUCCCUGCACAUCCUGCCCUGCCCACCCAUGCAGCACUGCCAACGCACCCCGCACUACCAGGACAUCCCGUGCAGACUUUCAUGCCUGGCAUGGCCUUUCCUUUUCGACCAAUGCGUUGAUUACCUCUACGAUAUAUAUUCCGAGGAUGGACUCAUUGACAGGGAGGACAGUCGUACAUGGAGAUGCUUCAGCUGACCGGGCAGCGUCACAGACAGAGGCAUCACGGGCUGCUUGUUACAGUACACCAGAUGCAGAUAUGGUUUCAUUGUUUAGAUCACGUUCUCACUCUCUGGACUUGUCGCGUGAAAAACAAUAUAUUCACAAUUUGUAUAUAGGGAGAAAAAAAAAAGGAGGAGACCUCCAUUUUCUAAGAGCAGUGGUUUGCCGUCUCUUUAGGCCAUGCUGAGAGUUGUAGUUCCUGGAGAGCCAUAGCUUGCAGACAACUGUCAUUUGAUUCAGCAGAUAUCUUAUCAACCAUUCUCUUUCCUAGAUUAGCUUAUUCUAUGACAAUGCAAGACGAUAGAGCAGUGGUCUCCAACCUGCGGACCUCCAGA